CUCGAAACUGGAUUGCGGAUCUGAGCCCCAAGUUUCGGCUGUGGGAGUCCGGUGAUCGUUCUCACGAUGUGACCGCCUGAGGCGCUGGUCUUCCGAGCCCUAUUCCUCUCUCUCGCUGCCUUCUCCGACGAACCCUAACGCCUCCAUAUCUGGAUCAUAUUGAUGUGGAUUUAUCGGCUCUCGAAGAAACAUCGUUUUCAAUCUACCGUUUAUCAUAUUGUAAAAGGAGAUAUUGUGCCAAUCAUCAUGGGAAGCAAAAGCUGUAUACCUCCUCUGCAUCUGCAACGGCCUCUUCCUGGGCCUGGCUUUCUGCAACCAGAUCCAUUUGGUCUAGGCAUUCUCCCCCCGCCGGGUGUUUUUCCUUUCGAUAAGUUGCCACCUCCAGAAAUUAUGGAGCAGAAGCUUGCUGCACAACAUGUGGAAAUGCAAAGACUUGCACUAGAGAACGAAAUUAUGGAGCAGAAGCUUGCUGCACAACAUGUGGAAAUGCAAAGACUUGCACUAGAGAACGAAAGUUUUGCAGCUACCCAUUAUUCUUCGAGGAAGGAAUUAUCUGCUGCCCAACAGGAGUUGCAGAGAUUGCAGACUGACAUGGGUGCCAUUAGAGCUGAUCAAGAGCAACAAGUAAGAAUGCUCUUGGAUAAUAUUUCAAAGAUGGACUCUGACUUGAAAGCUUCUGAACCUGUUAAUGUAGAUAUGCAGCAGGCUCGUCCAGAAGCUCAGAGCUUGGUAGCAGCAAGACAGGAGCUAAUUUCCAGAGUACAACAGCUGACUGAGGAUUUGCAGAGGAGCCAUGGUAAUGUCCAGCAAAUCCCAUCGUUGAUGUUGGAACUUGCGGCCCUUAGACAAGAAUAUCAAGAUUUCAGGUCAUAAAUCUCUCUUCGGCUUUAUAUUCAAGCACACAACUUGUUCUCCUAAUGGUUUGACGUAAGGUCAAAUUGUUCAUUUAGUUUUGUAACAAUUUGACCUUACGAUCAAACCGAGAACAUGCAGAAAUUGGUUCACAUUAUUCUAUAAAAUUCUGUGAAUACUAAAUUGAAUGGUACCCUACCAAAGCGUGAAAUAGAAGACUGUCACCAAGGUCUUGCUACUA